UGUCGGACGUAAUAGACGUGCGGUUCAUGUGAUUCAUUGCCAGACAUUGAUUGCUGUGUUUUGAAAGCGAUUUCUCGAUUGCACUGCAAUUGUAAACACAGUUUAGUAUUGAACACUUCACCGCUGUUUUGAACGCCGAUUGCAAUUAACAGUGCAUUCAAUAUAAGUCUUUUGGCUUAUCAUUAAUGCAAAGCCAAAGCGAGGCAUUGCAUGAGUCGAGAGAAACUCAAGCUUAUCGUCAAUUGGCAACCAGUAGUAGUGAAUCAUCUCUGCAGACAUCCAACGGCUGUAUAUCUAUGUCUGUGUCGAGCGACUCGAGGAGUAGAAGCGAAUCGCCGUUUCAUACGAUAGACAUGAAUGAAAGCAAGUACUCGAAGGUGAUCUUCAAUGAGAUCAGCGAAUCGUAUCCCACGGACGCCGACAUCGAGUGUCGCUUCUAUAUCGGCGACGCUGUGGUGCCCGCCGGUGACGACAAGAUCGGUCUGUUUCGCGUCGGUUGGACCCUAUCGUCGCAGGGGUUGGUCUUCAAGAAGCUGUCGGAGUGCGAGACCGACAACGAGUUCGGCGAGAAGAAGAUCCGCUUCGACGCCUCACAACUGCCCAAAACUGGCGAAGAGUUCUUCCAGUUUUGUUAUCUCACACUAAGCGACGACAUAUGCGGCGCGUCGACACCCUUUCGGUUCAUCAGACCGCACGCCGAAGACCUGAUUCAGUUGACCGACAAUAGGAACUCCGAUGAAGAGGACUUUGUUGUGGUUCGCUCACAACAGGCUCUACUCCAGGAGCGACUGCAACAACUGGUGAACGAGAAUGGAGUUCUCGAGUACUCGAAGCGAUCGGUUCAGCAGCAAAUGGUCUCCAAAAGCAACGAAGUAAUGGAGUUAAGGAAACUGAAUGUCGAACUCGAAGACCGCAACAAAUUGGCUCAAUUGGAGACCCAGAGGGUUAUGGCAAAGUUGGUGUCCAGUGAGACCGAGUUGUGCGCCCAAAACGAUCGGAUCGAUCACUUGCAGCAAGAGUUGUCCGAAAUGAGACGACUUCGCGACGAUUACGAGACGCGCAUUGCUAUGAUUCAGACGGAGCUCACCAGAGUUCAGGACAUCGUCAGGAACUACGAGAUUAAAGACUUUAAGAACACAGAGAUGAUGAAGACUAGGGAUCAGGAAGUGUUUAAUCUUAUCAAAAAGACGGCUGAACAACAAGUACUGAUCGAUGAGUUGAGUUCGUCGAAAGGCAUGAUUGAGGCCAAACUGGAACUGAGCAGCGCUUCCAUCGCUAAAGUGAUGUCCGAGAGAAGAGAUUUGGACUCAGAGAACAGGCUGUUGCGCAACGAGUUGGACGACACGAAAGCCAAAUGCGAUUCAUUUCAGAGCAAAACCGAGAUAAUGAUGACUGAGAUCUUGGACUUCGAUAAGAUUAAACUCAAGACUAAGGUUCAGAUGCAGACCAUGAAUGAAGAGGUGGAGGAGUUGAGGAAGAAGUUGGAGGAGACAGAGGUGACGAAGAAGGCAUUGUCCGACGAGUGGAAACAAAAGGAGGAACUGUUUGAGAAACAAAUCGACGAAAUGAAGAGUCGUUUGGCAAAUGCCGCCGAAGAGUAUCAGAAGAUUUACAAAUACAACACAAAACUCGAGAACAGAAUUGAGAAAAUUAAAGCCAAAGUGAAGAAAUACUUCGACACAAAAUCACAGACAAAAGCAGCGGUCGAUGUGUCGCUGUCUGAACGCCAGGAGUUGAUGUCCAGAGCCGAGACUGAAGUGAAGACUGUGAUCGAUACGGAAGCGCCAGUAGUAGUCGAGCAGUUGUUGGGCGCCACAGCAAUGGCCUCACCCAUCGCCGACAUCACGGAACGGGUGGACAGCAUUCAGUUGACACAAUUGCCGUGUAUUAUAUGUAACGAAGACAUCACAUGCAUGUCGAGGGACUCGAAACCAAUGGUCCAGCACUUGGAGGAGCGACACUCGCAGCGCUUAUGUCCCGUGUGUGCGACGCCUUUCGAUCUGUCACUCCCCGGCCAUAAGAACUACUUUCAGAUGCACGUCGACAACCACUUCGACAUGCCGCCGAAGACCAAAGUGAAGAAAUACUUCGACACAAAAUCACAGACAAAAGCAGCGGUCGAUGUGUCGCUGUCUGAGCGCCAGGAGUUGAUGUCCAGAGCCGAGACCGAAGUGAAGACUGUGAUCGAUACGGAAGCGCCAGUAGUAGUCGAGCAGUUGUUGGGCGCCACAGCAAUGGCCGCACCCAUCGCUGACAUCACGGAACGAGUGGACAGCAUUCAGUUGACACAAUUGCCGUGUAUUAUAUGUAACGAAGACAUCACAUGCAUGUCGAGGGACUCGAAGCCAAUGGUCCAGCACUUGGAGGAGCGACACUCGCAGCGCUUAUGUCCCGUGUGUGCGACGCCUUUCGAUCUGUCACUCCCCGGCCAUAAGAACUACUUUCAGAUGCACGUCGACAACCACUUCGAC